AUGGAUUUGAUUACAACUAAUAAAUCAAUCGUCUGCAUAUUGGGAGAUUAUAAGGAGAAACUCAAAAAUCAACUAAGUAAUUUUGAAGGCGGAAUGCAAUAGUAAAUUUAAUAUUAAUGA